CGCCUCCAGCGCCGCUCCGAGCCCGGCGGUAAGCGGCUGGCUGUGAGCUGCCACGGGCGAAGGAUGCUCCGGGGGCCGGCGGCGGUCUGGGCGGCGCUCGGCCCGCUGCUUUGGGCCUGCGGGCUGGCGCUGCGGGGCGGAAUGCUCUACCCCCGGGAGAGCCCGUCGCGGGAGCUCAAGGAGCUGAACGGCCUCUGGAGCUUCCGCGCCGACUUCUCCGAGAACCGGCGCCAGGGCUUCGAGCAGCAGUGGUACCGGACGCCGCUGCGCGAGUCGGGCCCCACCCUGGACAUGCCGGUUCCCUCCAGCUUCAAUGACGUGGGCCAGGAUAGGCAGCUGCGCAGCUUUGUCGGCUGGGUGUGGUACGAGCGGGAGGCGACCCUGCCCCAGCGAUGGACUCAGGACCUGGGCACCAGAGUGGUGCUGAGGAUUGGCAGCGCCCACUACUAUGCCAUUGUGUGGGUGAAUGGGGUCCACGUGGCAGAGCAUGAGGGGGGCCAUCUCCCCUUCGAGGCUGACAUCAGCAAGCUGGUACAGAGUGGGCCCCUGGCCUCUUGCCGCAUUACCGUUGCCAUCAACAACACGCUCACCCCCCACACUCUGCCGCCAGGGACCAUCCUCCACCAGACGGAUACCUCCAAGUACCCCAAGGGUUACUUUGUCCAGAACAUAAACUUUGACUUCUUCAACUACGCGGGGCUGCAUCGGCCCGUGCUCCUCUACACCACACCUGCCACCUACAUCGAUGACAUCACCGUCAGCACCAGCGUGGACCGAGACACUGGGCUGGUGGAUUACCAGAUUUUUGUUGAAGGCGGUGAACACUUUCAACUGGAAGUGCGUCUUCUGGACGAGGAAGGCAAAGCCGUGGCCCAGGGGACAGGGGGUCGGGGCCAGCUGCAGGUGCCCAAUGCCCACCUCUGGUGGCCAUACCUGAUGCAUGAGCACCCUGCCUACCUGUACUCAUUGGAGGUGAGGUUGACCGCGCAGACGGCAGCUGGGUCUGUGUCUGACUUCUACACUCUCCCCGUGGGGAUUCGCACGGUGGCUGUCACAGAGCACCAGUUCCUCAUCAAUGGGAAACCUUUCUAUUUCCACGGGGUCAACAAGCACGAGGAUGCAGAUAUCCGAGGGAAGGGCUUUGACUGGCCACUGCUGGUGAAGGACUUCAAUUUGCUUCGCUGGCUCGGGGCCAACGCCUUCCGCACCAGCCACUACCCCUACGCGGAGGAGGUGAUGCAGCUCUGUGACCGCUAUGGGAUCGUGGUCAUCGACGAGAGUCCCGGUGUGGGCAUCGUGCUGGUCGAGAGCUACAGCAACGUGUCUCUGCAGCACCACCUGGAGGUGAUGGAGGAGCUGGUGCGCAGGGACAAGAAUCACCCGGCUGUUGUGAUGUGGUCUGUGGCCAAUGAGCCCGCUUCCUUCCUGAAACCUGCCGGUUACUACUUCAAGACGCUGAUUGCUCACACCAAAGCCUUGGAUCCCUCCCGGCCCGUGACCUUUGUGACCAACUCCAACUAUGAAGCAGAUCUGGGGGCGCCGUAUGUGGACGUCAUCUGUGUGAAUAGUUACUACUCUUGGUAUCAUGACUAUGGUCACAUGGAGGUGAUUCAGCUGCAGCUGACAACCCAGUUUGAGAACUGGUACAGGACCUAUCAGAAACCAAUAAUCCAGAGCGAGUACGGAGCAGACACCAUUGCAGGGUUUCACCAGGACCCACCUCUGAUGUUCAGCGAGGAAUACCAGAAAGGUCUGCUGGAGCAGUAUCAUUUGGUUCUGGAUCAAAAACGCAAAGAAUACGUGGUCGGAGAGCUCAUCUGGAACUUUGCCGAUUUUAUGACUAACCAGUCACCGCAGAGAGUAAUGGGGAAUAAAAAGGGGAUCUUCACGCGCCAGAGACAACCAAAAGGGGCAGCGUUCCUUUUGCGAGAGAGAUACUGGAAACUUGCCAAUGAAACCAGGUAUCCCUGGUCAGCUGUGAAGUCACCGUGUUUGGAAAACAGCCCAUUUACUCUUUAAAGCAAGAGCUACCUCUGCUGACAAGAGCAGAUAGCAGCCCCUCCUCCACAAGUAAGGGGCGACUUCCACAGCAGUCCUGGACUGUGCAUGGCCGACUGGGAAGUUUCUGGCCCGGAUUUUGUACUAAUUUCCCAGAAGGGAAUGUCAGAGGUGCAAAUAAAAGCUUUCGUAGUGUGGGAAUAAAGAGUUGUCUUAAAAGUGA